AUGGAUUAAUAGCACUAACCAAGGAAUAAUAAAAAACGAUUAACAAUUUCGAAAGAAUUGGCUUAAAGAAAGUAGAGCAUAAUUUAGUAAUUUUAAUGUAUUCUAAUGUUUAAUUUUUGAUUAGCUGGCACGCAGAUAGUAAAAUAAGAUUCUUCAUGUAAAUUGAUGAAACAAGAAAAAUUGAAUAGAAAAGAAUCAAUUGAUUCAUCCUUAAAUUCUCGCUCAUCAUUCUUAAAAUAAAAAAAGUUUUUUAUUUACUUUUAAAAGUAGAAAAAAAAAAGAUAAAGAAAUAGAUGGCUAUGAAGAGUAUAAUUUAAAUUCAUCAGAUUAUUCAGAAGAAACUAUAUUAACCAUUCAAUUUGUUUCAUAUGAAUCAAGAAAAACAUCAAAAAAGUUUAUUGAGACUCUUAAUGAAAAAACUUAGAAUAUAAAUUCAGACUUUGAUUAAGCAAUAAAGGAAGCAUAAGAUAAAGAUAAAUUAAUGAAAUUUGCUGAUCUAUUUGCUUUAGAGUUAGAAGAACUAUAAGAAAAUGAAAUAGCACACAAGAAGAUUAUUAAAAGAUAUGAAAAACAAUAUCAGCGUAAUCCAUUUUAAGAUCCAUAUUAUAUAUAGCUAGUACCUUUAACAGGAUUAAGUCGAUUAAAAUUUGAAUUAAAGGUAAUUGUAUAUAUAAAAUUCUUAGAAAUAUUAAGAUAAUGUUUAAUUUUUAUAAAUUCGCAAAUUUGUUGUAUUUGCAUCCUUAAUAUUUCCUAUCUUAGCAAAAGAUAUGAUGAAUAGUAGAAUAUAUAAAAUAUUGAUGACAAUCCUAAUAUUAUUUAAUGUUUUUUUAUUUAUAGUCGUUAAAACAUAGCAUAGAGAGGAUACUUUUUAAAUAGAAUAGACAGUAACUAUAUUAUUUAUUAUUGAAAUUUUGAUAAGAAUCUUUGUUUCAGGGUUUUUUUUUACAAAGAAUGCAUUUUUUAGAAAUAUUUAGGAUAUUUAUGAUUUUACAUUGAUUUUUGCAACUACUAUCAAUCUAUAUUAUCCUGAGAUAUUUAUAAUAGAUAUUUCACCAUUGAGAAUGAUUACAUUAUUAUUUUAUCUAGGAGAUAUAUUUGUAGGAUUAGGUGUUAUGCUUUUAGCAUUAAAAUAAUCAAUUAAAUUUUUACUGGAAGCUUUGAUGAUAGUUGGAUUAUUUUCAUUAUUUUUUGCAAUAUGUGGAGUAUUUCUAUUUUAAGGAUUAUUUAAUUUCAGAUGUGUAUAUGAUAACGGUGAUGAAACAGAUGGUUGGAUAUAAUGUCAUUAAAAUUAAUGUUAUGAAUAUGGAAUGACUUGUAAAUAUUCUGAAGAAACACCUAAAUUACCAACAUCUUUUAAUAAUGUGAUAUAUUCUUAUGGUUAAAUUUUAAGAACAAUAACAAUGGAUGAUUGGAGUUGGGUGAUGUUUUUUACAAUGAGAAUAUUUCAUCCUUAAAUAUGGAUAUAUUAUUUAUUAAUUAUAUUUGUUGGUGGAUUUUUUGGAUUUAAUUUAGUUAUAGCGGUAUUGAAAACUCAUUAUGCAGAAGCUGCUGAAGAAAGUGAUAAAUAAUAAGAAAAAGCUAGAAUUGAUAAAUUAAUUAAAGAUAAUUAAGAAUAUCCUGAAAGAGAAUUAAUUAAUGUUUUUGAUGUGGCUUUUUUAAGAUAUAUUGGAUUUUUUACUACAAUACAAAAAUAUCGAGAAUCAUUUUCUAGAAGAUCUGUUCUAAGCUGGAAUUUAGAAACAGAAGCUUAAAUGAAUAAAACUAUUAAUGAAGCUAGAACCUUAUCAGCUGCAUAAAAAAAAUUAAGUAGUUAAUUUGUAAUUUUUAUUUGAUAUUUCAUAGAAUGUAGAAAAUCAAAGUUUCUAAAAUAAAUUAAUGGAACUUACAACUAAGAAUCUUUUAUUAACAAAGUUUCGUUUGUUAAAAUAACAAUAGAAAAAAAUUAAUAUUAAAAAAUAUUCUGAUGAUCCUUUAGAGUUAGAAAUAUUAUAAAAAUUGUAAAAUUUAUCUUUUUCAUGUUUAUAAUCCUAAGUAAAUUAUUAAAUUGAAUAAUAAUUUACAAGUUAACAUGAUAUUUUAUUAAAGUUUAUGUAUAUUUUUAAUGUUUAUGAAUUAGUGAGAUUGAUUUAGCAUUAUAAGAGGAAAGAAAAUUCAAUCCAGAAAAAUUGAGGAAAAUUAAAUUUAAACAUCAAUAUCCAGAUUGGUAAAGUUAAGUUGAAAAGAUUAAGAAAUAGGCUUUAAGAUCAAUUGAAAUUAAAAAAAAUAAAUUUCCUUGUAGAUAUAAGAAAAAUAAUAAAUGGAAAACAAUUGUUAAAAUUGAAGAUGAAAAAGAAUAAGAAACAAGUAAAAAUUCAUAUGAUGCUUUUGAAAAAUCUCCUGAAAAAAAAUUUAAUUUUUGCUUUGAAAAGAAUAAUUCAAUAAAAAGAAAAUCAAAGAGGUUUACAAAAUAAGUUAAUGGAGAAAUGGUUGUUUAUGUUUAGGGUUAUUAUAUUACAUAUUAAGAAAUAAGUGAUAAAAUAAACACAAAGAUUCCAACAAUAAAAAAUAAUUAAGCAAGUAAUCAAUUUAAAUAUAGAAAAAUGAGAGAAAAAGAACUUUAAAAUGGAAAAUUGAUAAAUACAAGUAAUUGGUCAGGUAAAGAUGUAUUAAUUUUAAAUGCAAAAAAUUUAUAAAUGUUUAGUCACAUUUUUCUACAACUUAAUUAAAAGGAUGUUUUAAUAUGGAUGAAAGGUGUGAAAGGAAUGUUUUCAAAUUUCAAUAAACAUACAAAUAAAAUAAUAACAAGUUCAACUAGUUAAACAUUUUUUGAUUUGAUAAUUUUUAUAAAUUUUACUUUCCUGGCACUUUGGAAUAUUGUUGAUUCUACAACAAUUCAUUCAGUAGAAAAUGUUUCAACGAUUAUUUUAUCAUUAGAAUUAAUAUUAAGAUUAUUAUCAAUUCCAAUAAAAAAUUUCACCAGUAAUCCAAAUUAUUUGUUUUAAGCAGCAAUAGUGAUACUAAAUAUAAUUGAAUUAACAAUAAAAGAUCUAUUAGUUGAUUUAGGGGAAUAAAAUCUUAGAUUGAUUAGAGGUACAAAAUGCUUACUAUUUUAUCGAUGUUUGAAAUAUAAUGCUAUGGCUGUAAAAAUAGGACAUAUAGCAUCUAUGACUUUUAGACAAUAUAUAUAUUUGACAUUUUUAAUGUUUUUAGUAAUCUUUAUGUAUGCUUUGGUGGGAAUGGAGAUGUAUGCUGGUGAAUUUGAUUAGAAUGAUUCAUUAGGAUAAUUGCAUUCAUAUGAUAACAUAUUCAAAGCAUUCAUGACAAUUUUUAAUAUAAUGACAAAUGAUGAUUGGUAUGGGGUUUAUGUAAUGGGUAGCGAUUUAAAUUAUACUUUUGCUGUUAUUUAUUCUUAUUCGAUGGUUCUUAUAUUGAAUUAUUUAACUUAUGGUUUAUUUAUGGCUAUUUUACUUGAUGGUUUUGGAAAGUAUUUAAAUUAAUCUAUAGAUAAUACACAUCUAUUCAAUUCAGAAGAACAUGCUUAAUUAACCUAAAAUUCAAAUGAAGAGUUGGAACAAUAAGUUUAUUAAACAAUUCUAAGUCCUUAAGCAUCUUAAACUAAUAUAAUGUUAGAGCAAACUUAAACUUAAGGAAAAUCAAAGGUUGGUCUCAUUACCAAUUUUCUUAAAUCGAUACGUAAUAUUUUAUUAAAAAAUUUAGGAUCUUUAAAUAAAGAAUUAUUGAACAAAUCUCCAAAACUUUAUACAGGGAUUGAAUGUUAAACUUCUCUAUAUAUUUUUGAAAAAAGUAACUAUUUAAGAAUUAUGUGUACUAAAUUAGCAACAUCCAAACUUUAUAUUUACUUCAUGGAUUUAGUCUUAUAUGCUUCAUUAAUUACUUUUAUUAUGAAUACAUACUACGACUAUGAGGAUACUACAAAUAUUGUUUGUGAUUAAAUUCAAUUGAUUAUAAAUGUUCAAAUGUUUUUGGAUAUUUUAGUAAAUAUAGUAGCUAAAGGAUUAUUUUUAGAUAAAGGUUCAUAUUUUGUAUCAGUAUGGCAGAUUAUAGAUGUUAUAUAUAUAAUUUCGCACUUUGUUACAUUUAGUUAUUCAUCUAAUAAUUAUGCUCCUAUAUUUGAUUUUUUUUUGUAUUUAGGGUAUUUAAGACCAAUGAAAUUGUUAUUUAGAAUAAGUUGGCUAACUUAAUUAAGAAUUGCAUUAGGAUAUUCAUUAGUAGAUAUAACAAAUGUAUUGAUUACAAUGUUGGCUGUAUGGAUUAUGUUUGGGGUUUAUGCAAUUAUAUUAUAUGAAGGAUAAUUUGGAUUUUGUGAAGAUAAAAUGAAUUUUAAUAUCAAUUAUGAAUAAUGUACAAGAGAAAAUAGAAAUUGGAUUAAUUACAAACAUAAUUUUGAUAAUAUAACAAUAGCAAUUCCUUCAUUGUUUGUAACAUCAACAUUAGAUGGAUGGGGAGAAAUAUAUUAAAUUGCAGAGAAUAGUUAAUUAUCAGAUAUUGGACCAUAAGCAUUCAAUAGUUAUUUAUACACAUACUUUUUUUUUAUAAUAUUUGUGUUUAUAGGUUCAAUGUUCUUUUUAAGUUUGUUUACAGGUGUUUUAUAUUCAAAUUUGAAGGCUAAUCAAUAGAAAAUAGAAAUGACAGAUGAAACUUAAUCAUAAAAAGAAUUUUAAGAGAUAUCAUCAAUAAUAAUAAAAGACUUUCCAAUAUUUAGUUCACCUCCAACUAAUGGUAUUAGAAAAUUAGCAUCAGAUAUAACUAACAAUACAUAUUUAUUGAUAUGUAUGUAUUUAUUUUUGAUAUUGGAUUUGAUUAUUUUGUUAUUAUUUGAAUCAGAUAUGAGUGAAGAAUAUUUUAGAUCUGUAAAUAAUAUUCAUAAUGCUUUGACUGUUCUAUAUGUAAUAUGGGUGGCAUUAUUAUUUUUGGCUUUGGGUGCUGGUAGAUUUUUUGAUAAUUAUUGGAGAAAAUUUUAUUUUUUUCUGAUCUUAGUAUCUAUAAUAGAUUUUAUAGCAGAUUAUUCAGUUGAUUGGAUAAUGAUUUAUUAUAAAUCAACUCCUCAUGAUAGAGGUUAUUAAUUAUUGAGAUUAUUUUUCUCUUUAAGAAGUUUAAGAGUUAUUUUGAUAUUCUAAGGAUUGAUUAAUUUAUAAAGAUUAAUGAGAGUAAUGGUAUUUGCUUUGCCAUUCUUAGGUAAAAUAUUUACAAUAUUAAUGAUUGCUAUGCUCAUAUUUGCAUUGAUUGGAUGUUAAUUAUAUGGUUAAAUAGAUAGUGGAGCUGUUAUGGAUGAUUAAAUCAACUUUUAAAAUGUUGCAUAGGCACUUCUUGCUUUAUUUAAAUGUGCUUCUGGAGAUGAUUGGAGAACUAUUAUGACAGAUACUAUGCAACAUAACCCUUUAUGUUUAGAAGAUUCAAAAUAUUGUGGAAGUGUCCAUAAUUAAUAUUUCUUCUUUUUAUUUAUGCUCUUAUCAAAUUAUGUAUUGCUAAAUCUUUUUGUUCUUGGUCUUAUUGAACAAUUUGAAUAAUUCUUCUAAUUACAAAAUUCACUCAUUUAAACUUAUGUUGAAAAUGUUGAUAAGAUUAAAACUGUUUGGUGUAAAUACUCUUCAGAAACUCAAGGUCAAGCUAUGAAUUAUAAAUUUUUAUGCAAGUUUCUUUUAGAUAUAGGCAAACCUCUUGGAGGAAGUAAAGAAGAGAAUCUUUGGGAUGUUGCAAAACUAGCUUCUUCAUUUAAAUUAAAAUGGUAUUAAUUCUAUCUAUAUUUAGUGAUCAUUAUGGCUACAUCCAAUAUAAUCAAUUGAUGUAUGAAUUAUUUAGAAGAUGUUUUAUAAAUGAAGUUUUCAGAGAAGGAACUGAAUCUUCAAUUGUCAAAAUCAAGUAAUUCAACAAGGAAAUGUAGUUGAGAUUGAUGUACUAUAGAAAAAAUAGAUUAUUAGAGAGAACAAAUAUUAGUCCUAGCAAAUAAUUAAAGGCUAAUUUCAAUAUCUUACAUGACUAUUUAACUGUUUUAAUUCUAUUUAAAACUUGGGAAUCAUACUCUAAAUUAGUCUUUUUAAAAAUUGAAAAAGAAGGCAAUUUUUCAGAUAGUGAUGAUAUCAGUAUUAAAAAUGAUAAAGUUAGUAAAUAAAAGUAUUGAUUAUUUUAUUUAAAUUAGCUUCAAUAUCUAUGACUAUGAAGAUGAAAUGUCCGAUUCAGAGAAUUUGACUUCAAAACAAUAAAGUAAAUAAUUAUCAAUGUUUAAUAAUACUAUGAAUCAAAUGUAGUAUAGUAGUAGCAUUAGGAGUACUCCUAAAAGUUAAAUCAAGAACAGCCUCAAAAAAAAUAUUAAAGUCAAACACAAGAAGAAAGAUAAUCAAAAAAAUAGUUUAAAUGAACGAAUCAUUGAUCCUUCAGAAUAUAUUGGAUAAUUUAAACAUUAAACUACUUUAUAAAGUCAAGAAAUCUAAGAUUAAGAAUAAUUGCCAAUCUAUAAAAAUUAAUUUGAUCUAUCUCUACAAAAUGAAUAUUAAUAAGGUACAUUAUUAAGUGCUAGAAAAAAACUCUAAUGA